AUUGCCAGAAGAGACUUUUAGGCAGACUGAAAGAUCUGCUUUUUGGAAGCCUCGUAAAGCCUCGUAAACACCAUCAAGAGAAGGUUUUCUUUUAAAAGGCGAGGACUGCCACUUCCCCAUGACGUCACGUCUUAAAUUGGUUGACAUCCAUUCGCGUGGGGGAGAGAAGGAUCCAGCCCACCGCGCUGUGUUCCCUGAAGCUCGGAGGUGGGCGCAGCCUGUGGGAAUGCCCACCCACAAGGCAGGCUGCUGAGAAACGGCCAGGAGGUUCACCUUGGCAUGGGUGAUCUUUUGUCCACAAUCUAAAGCAGUUCUUUUUUUCCCUCUCCUUUAGGGGGUCACAGGUGCCUUGACGGUUUUGAUGAAAGAUGCAAUAAAACCAAAUCUGAUGCAGACCCUAGAAGGGACACCUGUCUUUGUGCACGCUGGCCCCUUUGCUAACAUCGCCCAUGGCAACUCUUCAGUGUUGGCUGAUAAAAUUGCCCUGAAACUGGUCGGUGAAGAAGGAUUUGUAGUCACUGAAGCGGGCUUUGGCGCUGAUAUUGGAAUGGAGAAAUUUUUCAACAUCAAAUGCCGAGCGUCUGGCUUGGUGCCCAACGCGGUCGUGCUGGUGGCCACGGUGCGAGCUCUGAAGAUGCAUGGAGGCGGGCCAGGCGUAACUGCUGGUGUCCCGCUGAAGAAAGAAUACACGGAGGAGGUAAGAGCAGGUGUCUUGAAGGCUUCUGUGCAGAACCAUAUAAAUCCGGUUAACCAUUGGUUAGCAGUUGAAUGUCAAUCAGUGAAUGAGUCCUCUGCCAGUAGUGGCCUCUUGGAAAAAACGGUUAGUCUCUCUUUAAAAACAUCACUAAAUGAAUACAGAUGCAAAACCACAAACGUUUUCAUCACUAGGACCGACACCCGCGCUGAGAUCGACUUAGUCUGUGAGCUCGCGAAGCGGGCUGGCGCCUUUGAUGCGGUCCCCUGCUAUCACUGGUCCAUCGGUGGGAAAGGGUCAGUGGAGCUGGCUCGGGCUGUGAGAGACGCUGCCAAUAAAGGAAGCCGUUUCCGAUUCCUGUACGACGUUCAGCUUCCAAUUGUAGAAAAGAUAAGAACCAUCGCACAGGCUGUGUACGGAGCCAGAGAUAUCGAACUGUCUCCCGAGGCACAGUCCAAAAUAGAUCGUUACACGCAACAGGGAUUUGGAAAUUUGCCCAUCUGCAUGGCAAAGACUCACCUCUCUCUGUCUCACCAACCUGACAAGAAAGGCGUACCCAGAGAUUUCAUUUUGCCCAUUAGUGAUGUCCGGGCCAGCAUAGGCGCUGGUUUCAUCUACCCUUUGGUUGGAACGAUGAGCACCAUGCCCGGACUGCCCACCCGGCCCUGCUUCUAUGAUAUAGAUCUUGAUACAGAAACUGAGCAAGUCAAAGGCUUGUUCUAAAUGAACCCGACUUCCACAGGACCCAAUUCAGGCUCGCAAAACCGACUACUCCUUGCCUUUUUGCUGCCGUUGGAGAAGAAAGUGAAUUUGAAAUAUGCCUCUUACGCAACGCGGGAGAAAUGGGGAAAUAGGCCAAAGAUUUAGUCUUUGUUCGAGUCCGAAUUCUGUGUGCAACCAAGUACAGUGUCCGGUAAAAGGACCUCCACUGAGUUUGAAAGAAACUAAUUUAUUUUCCGUUUCUGCAGAGUUUAUAUUAUUUCCCACUGCUUACACUUCAGAAAGUUUAUUUUAUGGGGAUGGAGGGAUUAAAAGAGUGUGAACUAAAAGGUAGCGUUUUCCACUCUGGAGUUUUCUAUUUUGUCUUUGAACUGCAAAUAAACAUGUAUCUAGAAAACCAA